AUGCGUGCCAUCCUGGUGGACUGGCUGGUGCAAGUGCACUCCAAGUUCAGGCUGCUGCAGGAAACACUGUACAUGUGUGUUGCCAUCAUGGACCGAUAUUUACAGGUUCAGCCAGUUUCCCGUAAGAAGCUUCAGCUGGUUGGCAUUACGGCACUGCUCUUGGCUUCCAAGUAUGAGGAAAUGUUUUCUCCAAACAUCGAAGACUUUGUUUACAUCACUGACAAUGCUUAUACCAGUUCUCAAAUUCGAGAAAUGGAAACUCUGAUUUUGAAGGAACUGAAAUUUGAGCUGGGUCGACCGUUGCCACUACAUUUCUUAAGGCGGGCAUCGAAAGCUGGGGAGGUCGAUGUUGAACAGCACACUUUAGCCAAAUACUUGAUGGAGCUGACUCUCGUUGACUAUGACAUGGUGCACUAUCACCCGUCCAAGGUGGCGGCAGCCGCUUCCUGCCUGUCCCAGAAGGUUCUAGGCCAAGGAAAAUGGAACUUAAAGCAGCAGUAUUACACCGGCUACACAGAGAGCGAGGUGCUGGAGGUCAUGCGGCACAUGGCCAAAAACGUCGUGCGUGUCAACGAGAACAUGACCAAGUUCACCGCCAUCAAGAAUAAGUAUGCGAGCAGCAAACUCCUGAAGAUCAGCACGAUUUCUCAGUUGAACUCAAAAGCCAUCCACGAGCUUGCCUCACCUCUGCUGGGACGGUCCUAG